CACUCAUUUGGAACUAAUACCCAAAGUGAACACCAACCAACAGAUUCCAUCAGCAACAUACCGGAAAAUAUGUUCAACAGUGGCUGCACGGCGGUUGGCUCCCUGAAUGAUUCAAAAUUCAACGAUCCCAUGCCAUGGAUCGGUAUCUACGUAGCAGCAGCGUCACUGUUCGCCGCCAUGGCCAUGGCCAUAGACUCCGUUCACGGCUUCAGAUACAAGAAAUUCUGGUUCCCUUGCAAAUUCUUCACCCUAAAUGCCACAACUCUUACUGUUAUUGCAAUCGCAAUCAAAUUUUCCGUCGAUCUGAAUGCCGCCAUGCCACGCCGCCAAGAUCAGCUAGCUAAAGUUAGCAGCUCCGCCUUCAUAUGUAUGGUGAUGGGGAACUUACUGCCUUCUUUGGGAACCAUGGAAGAUACUGAGCUUUUGAUGAAUAUUGUGGCUUUAGGGAUUCUUGUCAUCACUGCAAUCACAAAUAUCUGCAUACAAAUGGGAACAGGUGUGAUUUUUGAGUUUUGGAUUGAGCAUGUUCUCAUUAUGCUUCUUAUGCUUAUUUUACUUGCAAUUUUGUGUUCUUUAUCGUUGGCUAUUCCAACCACAAAGUAUUAUUUGGAUAUAACAUAUGAAAGGAAGUUGAAGAAAGCCAAUAAAGUGUGUUUUCUUCAAAGAAAUUUACCGGUAGCCGAGAGGCUACGCCAAGAUUUAGGGAAGUAUUGGAUGAUGGCGCAUACCUCGAGUCCUCAGUUUGUGAUCGGCCGGUCUGCACCUUGCUCGGCUUCAGGGGCGUUUUGUCUUUUCAACACGCUGAUCUUAGCUGAAUCUAUACUCAGACCUCGAAUCAUGCCGUGGUCGUUCAGAUUUUGCACUGGAGAAUCUGAUUACAAAUGGUCAACGACCCUUGUGCUCAUAAGCCAAACGGUAGCAGUUGGGGUGGGCACGAUUUCACCGGCUUUUAGAUGGUUCAUGACCAUCAAUUUCAGGUGUCCAACAAAGGCAUCACGGGCCUGCAAUCGAGAGUUUGUGAUCGAGAGGUAUUGGACAAAGAGGUUGCUUUUUUGGCAGGUGCAGCCGCUAGGUUUAAGAAUCCGUAACCGGCGGUGGAGAAAACUGGCUCAUGGAGUAAAGUUUCAAAUGUUUCGUUUCUUUAUCUGGAUGCAGAAAGGAUUGGUUUUUUGUUGCAAGAUGAUCAGGUUCGUUUCCAUCUUCUUUGUCAGCCGAUUCUUGAGGUUAAAGAAGUUCGUGAAUCGCGAUAAUAGUGUUUCCAGCAAUGAUUCGGAGAUGGAAUUGCAGCAUAAUCCAAAUAUGAGUCUGCGUCGUUAUGUGAUUUAUCUUGAAGGAGAAGAAGGACUGGUCGAUUUGAUGACAGAAAACAACUGUGAUGCAACUGCUCACUGGAUUCGGAUGGGCGAAAAAGAAAAGCCACGAAAUCUGAUAAAACUUCUGGAUCAAUUGGAUUCUUUAAGUUCAUUCACCGGAGUACAAGAUUUCAACAGUGAUAAAAUUCCAUCUUUGAGUUCUAACGAACCUCCAAAUUGUUGGGCUCUCCCUAUCGUCACAUUAACAAGCAUCGCCAUCGCAAUUCCAAAUAUCGAUGAAAAACUAAUUGAGCAAUUAGUGUGUGGUGUAGAUGAAGGCCUCAAGUAUGUCAAUGAGAUAGAAAAUCAUCUCGACAAAAAAGACCUGAAACAUGUAAGGAAAACAGCAGAAAUAGUUUGGUCAGGAGUCGAACUCUAUAACAAAUGGUUAGAUGUUGAUCUUUGCAAACUAGCGAAUCAAGAAUCUGAGACGGAACCUGAAAUCAUCAAACUACUUGCUGAAAUCUCGAAGGAAAAAUUCAUGGAGUUUGCGAAUAAAGACAUGAUGUUCAUGGAUGAAUGUUUAAAGGAAGCCCCAUCCCGUUGGCCCAUCAAGGUGUUGGCAGCAAAUUCCAUGUACAGAAUAUGCAAAACUCUCCUGUUGGCACCUCAUGAAACCAACGAAAGAUUAUUUGAGAAGAUAUCGCUCAUGAUCUGUAAUAUAUUAGCAGCAGCUUUUACGAACUUGCAACGUGUUAUUUCCAGCAAAUGCCAUCAAAGUAGGAUCGAGGAAAGGGACCAGAGCAUCCGCAGUGCAGUUUUGCUUUUCGGAAAAACCAAAAAGAUUUUAGAAAUUCUUGACAGAAAAGGACCAGAAGGUUCAGAUCACGGGCAGCUUGUGCACAUUGACGAUUGGCAUCUAGUGAGCAAGCAGAUGGAUUCACUGCAUUCUUUAUCUUCUUCUUCAACAGAUCAAGAAACAGCUGCCUCUAGUCCAUCUGACCUAUGCAUAUCAGUCGAGUAAAACCGCAUAAUCUAUGGUUAUAAACGUUAGAUAUCAAGUCCAUAAUGCACCAAGAAUCUAUGUAUAAUCUGUGUAGCAAUUUUGAAUUAACGGUUGUUUGUGACAGGAAAGCCCAAUGUUGACCAUGGUUCAAUA